CUUCCCUCCGGAGGCCGGGGCCGGAAGUGCACCCGCGUCCGCUGGGCGCCGCGGGCGGAGGGACGCGCGGAGAUGACGCAGGCAGCACCGGAAGCCGCUCCCCUGUGAGGUUGCAGACCCCGAGCGGCGGCCGCUGGUCCAGGCGCCAUGGCUGCGGAGCGGACCCGGCCGCUGCGAGGCUCUGGCGGCCCGAGCGCGCCUAGUCGGUGUGAGCCCGGCGCGAGGUCCCGGGCCCCGGGGCGCUCGCUCAGGUAAAUUUUUCCAUAACCUUAUGGAGAGAAAGGACUUUGAGACAUGGCUUGAUAACAUUUCUGUUACAUUUCUUUCUCUGACGGACUUGCAGAAAAAUGAAACUCUGGAUCACCUGAUUAGUCUGAGUGGGGCAGUCCAGCUCAGGCAUCUCUCCAAUAACCUGGAGACUCUCCUCAAGCGGGACUUCCUCAAACUCCUUCCCCUGGAGCUCAGUUUUUAUUUGUUAAAAUGGCUCGAUCCUCAGACUUUACUCACAUGCUGCCUCGUCUCUAAACAGUGGAAUAAGGUGAUAAGUGCCUGUACAGAGGUGUGGCAGACUGCAUGUAAAAAUUUGGGCUGGCAGAUAGAUGAUUCUGUUCAGGACGCUUUGCACUGGAAGAAGGUUUAUUUGAAGGCUAUUUUGAGAAUGAAGCAACUGGAGGACCAUGAAGCCUUUGAGACCUCAUCAUUAAUUGGACACAGUGCCAGAGUGUAUGCACUUUACUAUAAAGAUGGACUUCUCUGUACAGGGUCAGAUGACUUGUCUGCAAAACUGUGGGAUGUGAGCACAGGACAGUGCGUUUAUGGCAUCCAGACCCACACUUGUGCAGCAGUGAAAUUUGAUGAGCAGAAGCUUGUGACAGGCUCCUUUGACAACACUGUGGCCUGCUGGGAAUGGAGUUCUGGAGCCAGGACCCAGCACUUCCGGGGGCACACAGGGGCGGUGUUUAGCGUUGACUACAAUGAUGAACUGGAUAUCUUGGUGAGUGGCUCUGCAGACUUCACUGUGAAAGUAUGGGCUUUAUCUGCUGGGACGUGCCUGAACACACUCACCGGGCACACGGAAUGGGUCACCAAGGUGGUUUUGCAAAAGUGUAAAGUCAAGUCUCUUUUGCACAGCCCUGGAGACUACAUACUCUUAAGUGCGGACAAAUAUGAGAUCAAGAUUUGGCCAAUUGGAAGAGAAAUCAACUGCAAGUGCUUAAAGACAUUGUCUGUCUCUGAAGAUAGGAGUAUCUGCCUGCAGCCAAGACUUCAUUUUGAUGGCAAAUACAUUGUCUGUAGUUCGGCACUGGGUCUCUACCAGUGGGACUUCGCAAGUUAUGAUAUUCUCAGGGUCAUCAAGACUCCUGAGAUAGCUAACUUGGCCUUGCUUGGCUUUGGAGAUAUCUUUGCCCUGCUGUUUGACAACCGCUACCUGUACAUCAUGGACUUGCGGACAGAGAGCCUGAUUAGCCGCUGGCCUCUGCCAGAGUACCGGAAAUCAAAGAGAGGCUCGAGCUUCCUGGCGGGUGAAGCAUCCUGGCUCAACGGACUGGAUGGGCACAAUGACACGGGCUUGGUCUUUGCCACCAGCAUGCCUGACCACAGUAUUCACCUGGUGUUGUGGAAGGAGCACGGUUGAUGCCACGAGCUGACCACUGCUGACCGACUUUGGGUGCCGGGGCUGCGGGUUUUCAGUGCAACCUCUCUGGCAGCCGACUGCAUGAACCAAAGUUCUCACCUAAUGGUAUCAUCGCGCAAUGCACAAUCAUUUAUCUGUGUUUGCCAGGGGGCCAGGGCUCGGGGCGGGGGAGGGCUUGUUUUCUUGACACACAGCACAGCAUGCUAAUGGGGUACACCAUUGACUUCAUUUGUACUUAGUUACGUUGGUCAGUAUAAGAGGAUGCAUUUGGGGUUCAUCUUUCUUGAAUAUUGGUUUUCAGUAAAGAAGGUUAAAUGGUUCAUUAAUCUGCUAAUUGGUUGCCUGUAAAAACACAGUCUAUUAAAGCUUCUUACCAUCGCCUUUUUUUCUUUUGAAGUUGAAGCAAAGGUGCUAUGAUGUUCCAGCAACUUCUCUCACGUGGGGUUUAGCUUUUAUAACCGCCAGUGUUAUAAAGACCACUGAGUCCUGUGACAUUCAUGAACUCUCCACCAAAUACCAGUUCUAAAGAAAGUUUGUCUUCCAGGGCAAAUCAAGUUCUAUAAAUUGAUUGUUCACAACACAUUCUAAACUCUAGUACUCGGCAAAGUCAAGGUUGGCCAUGUCUGAGGUGUAAGGGAGUUCUGGAGUUUUUGUUUCCAUGUGGAGCAAGCUGGUCCUCAGUCCCCCACCGCUUGGGUGAGUGCACAGAGGUGAUGGGAUACAGUAGAAAGAGCACUGAGCUGGAAGGUUGAAGACCAGCUCUGUUACCUAGCAUCCCUGCAGUAUACCCCUCAGUAUAUCACUUUCCUGGGCCCCAUUUUCCCUGCCUGUGUUAAGCUAAGUGAUUUCUAAGGUUUGGUCCUGUGUCUGCUGAGGUGUGGACAAAAGUUGGUAUUUCAGUUUUGUCUGAUUCAUUAUUUCUUUUAGGUUGAAGAUACUUAAAUGAAAUCAUUGGUACAAAGUUAUUAUCUAUAAGGAAACCAGAUAAAUGACAAGGAUGGAUAAAGGGGGAAUGUAGAAAAUAUAACAGAUUCCACCUAGAAAAUGUUAGCAACUGGAUGAAAUGCUAAGGGGAAUCGUGGUUCUUUAGACAGAAUGGGUGGUCUUAGAAAGAAAGACACCUGAACCUGACUUUUCUUGCUCUUUUGCCUCUAAUCUGAUGUGUGGCUUCAGGCAGAUUAACUUUCUAUCCCUGGACCCUCAUUUUCAUCUUUAAAAUGAAGGAAUUGCCCUAGAUUAAGGUUCACAGACUCAAAUGCCCGGGGCAGCCAUUCACAUGACGUAAAUGAUUGGAACGUGCUGGGCAGGGUUGUGCUGAAUCAUGGAAAGCUCAUCUAAUGGGGCAGUUACUCAGCUCUGAGUGUUAGGUAGAAGUGAGCCCAGUGGUGGCAGCUCUUAGGAUUUUUUUCAGGAGGAAGUGGAAAUCCAGAUUUUUAUUUGAAAUCUGAUUUUUAACAUGUUGACAGCUAAUCGAGGAUAGUUUGAAAUAGAGUGAGCUAAACAAAGUGUGUCCACGAGCUGCCAGUUUGUAUCCUCCAGCCUCUCAUUCUUGUAAAGUUAGGUAACUCUGGCAUCAGCAGUGGGAAUGUUUUAACAUAAUUGUCACAGACAUUAGGGAGAGAGUAGAGGGAGCCAGCCCCAGGAUAAUUCACCUGUUUCCCAUUGUGUUACAGGAAAGUGAGGGGGCUUAUUUCAUCCGCACACCAACAGGAAGUAGUUUGAAGAUGAACACACAAACUGGAACCUCAGUUGUAGCCUCUGCCUGGGAGUGUGAGCGACUCAUUCUUGCUGGUGCCAAUAUAAAGCAUAUCCAUUUCACAGGUGGACAGAGGGCUUGCUGGCAGAGCUGGGAAGGAAACCAAUCCUGGUGGAGACCCAGCUCUCCCAGAAUCCGCAGUAGCACGGAGCCAAUGCCGUGAAGUUAACUCUAGAGAAUCGGUGGUCGGUUUCAAGGACAGGUGUAGUUCAUAGUCCUCUUGGGACUCUAAGGAGAUUAGGCAAAAGAAUAGUAUCUUCUCCAUCCCCAAAGUCCAUCUCACACUGAGUUGUGUGCAUGAGCUCUGCUCGGUCUUCCAGAAAUGGACUGGGAAUUGCAGCUGGGCUCCAUUUUGCAGGAGCCUCAGGGGCCGUGGGGCCGUGAGGAGGGCGAAUGCCUUUUUCCUUUUCCUCCGACCUGAACACAUCUCUGAGAUCACUGAUCGGAUGACCAUCCCUACUCCCACCUCACUUCCAGAUACAUCCAGCAGUUUCACAGGGCAAGUAAUAACAGUUAUUUGUGGGAAAUUUUUUUUUUUCAAAUGACAAGCCUGGAACUUGUAUGGCACGUCCCAUUUCAGUUUUCAGUGGAUGCUGGAGUUACCCUCCUGGUGGUAGCUUGGUGCAGCUCAUGUUGACAGCAGUACCUGAGGCAGGGGCUGGAGUCCUAGCUUUGAUUCCUCCUCACAGAGGCCUUUGUUAGACCUGAGCAUUUUAUUUAAUAGCUUUAUAGGUGCCAGGUUUAAUCAGACAAGUGCCAGUUUUUAUGAAAAUGAAAAGCUGACACAUCCUUUAAAAAGCAAAGUGGAGGGUCAGUGAGAGAAGUGGGUAGGGGCUAGCCGAAGCUGGAGUGGCGUAGUCCCCUUGCUUCGCGUUAGGGGGCUACCUUCCCCGCGCGUUGACUGCUGCUUCCUUAGCUCAGAGGGGAGGAAAUUGCCUUUUCCUCUUUUUUUGUGAGCAUUCUCAUUUCUGGAAAAUUUGUAGGUCAUGAGCACAGAGACCCCAUCCUUUUUUUACGAGCGUUGGAUUUCUUGAGUGAAGUUGUGUGGUGGAAGCGAAGGGCUCCUUUCCUCUCGGGUUCAUAAAGAGCAGGGAAACAACUUCAGGCUCCGGGGUGAGGAUGAGGGUCCAGGAGAGCUGAGUGAGUGAGACAUUUUCACAUUCCAAAGGGAGGUAAUUUCCUCCAGGCCAAUAUUUGAAGUAAUAAGUCAGAUUUGUCAAAAUUGGCCCUAAGCUGACCUUUAGACGUAUCAGAGAAAUAGGAAGAAAGACUUCUUUUCAGGGGUGGGGCUAGACGUUGAAAAGUUCCACAGGAAAGUACACAGUUUUGGAUAGCUUUUCAUAAGUGGAAGGUAGGGGAAUACUGCUAUUAAAUUUUAAGGAUUGCACUUCAUUUUUCAUAGUUAAAAAAGACCGUUCUGGCCACUGCAGACACUUGUAAAGUAUGAAUGAGGAUUAUGUAAUCAUUCUAGUGUUUGUUCUCAGGAGAGUGAUUACUGCUGUGCAUUUAGAAAACAUCUUAGGGAGAAAAGAAAUAUUUUUGGAAAGAGUAUUAUUUUAGACACAAAGUUGUUUGUUAGGUUAGGCAUUUUGACCUAACAGAGGUAGCUAAGGAUGGUGGAGCCGGGCUUUACAACAUUGCUUUGGCCAAACCCAGCCAGCUCCUUGAAGCUGUGGCUGUGUGCCCUGGCUUCUUGGGAACCUAGAGGUGAAUCUUCCACUAUCACUCUACCAGUCUCUGGGCCUCCUCCGCUGGGCCUCUUACGGGCCGAGGUGGCCUGCAAGUGCCUUUCUCAGUAGGGAAGUGUACAGAAUCUGAUCACCGCUCUAGGAUGCAGUCUGGGGCAGGGCACACGGUCACCUUUGCCUUUAGGGACACAGAGUUUGUCGGGGUAGGGGCGAAGCUCUUUAGGUCUGUCCCCUUGACACAGGCUUCCUACCUGGUUAUGCUGGGGCUUGCUAAGAUAUUUUUAAGACCACCAAGACCCUCUUGUGAAUUAUGCAGUUCCCAGCUAGAGUGUCUGAUGGAAAGAGCAGGUUAGCAUUUUUGAUAGAAAUGCCCACUAGCCAUCUUUGGCAGUGUUCGAUCAGAGGGUCCCUUGUGACUGCUCUAGGAAAGUGAAAGUUCUUUCCAGAAUAAAUCCUCCAGUAGAGUCCUGGAUUGUCUCUGCACCACUCCCUAGUCAGGCUGAAUGAUCAUGCUCAGUGCAGAUGGAUGUUUGCCACCAAGUAGUUUCAGUGUGCUUUGUCUUCCGCACAACAGGGAACUUUAGUUGCUUCAGGUUAGUAUCACAGUCCUGAGGAGUGUAACCCCACUGGAUUAUGGCAGUUUAAACCCAGCUACUUCUCUUCGUGAAUGUGCUCAAAUUAAAAUGUUUUUGCAUAUGUAAGCCUGGAAAAUCAUUAAUUCAGAUGACGAAGCUCACAAUUAUUGUGUCCCUCUAUUCACAUUGUGAACAGACGUAUUUCACUAAUUUAGACUUAGUGCUCUUGAUGAGAAUGCUCAGGUUGAAAAAGGCUGGUCUCACCAAUCCAACGUCUAUGGCAAUGUGGUAAAAAUGUAUCAACUCCUGUUUCACUAAUUUGAUGUAUGUUGUGAUCUAGGGAAAAGAGCUGAAGUUUCUAUCUGAAGUGUCUCUGGGGUGCGGGGAGAAGGGAUCGCCAAGGCAGAUAGUGGAGCAAAUGGGGGACAAGAUGUCUCCAUACAAUGAGAAGUUAUUUUCAUGCAUCACGGGAGCAUUCUUCUACCAUGGUGAUUGUGCUAACUAUAAAUCAUUGAUACUUAUACAUUAAGGCAGGUUCUCUCAAUUAGGCAACGUUUGGUUAGUCAAGUCCAAGUUAUUGUUUGUACUUGAAAGUAAUAAAGCUGCAUUUCCUUAAAAAUACAUCCUGUAGUUAAGACUAUUUUCUCAGGCACCUGGGUGGCUCAGUUGGUUAAGCGACUGCCUUCGGCUCAGGUCACGAUCCUGGAGUCCCGGGAUCGAGUCCCACGUCGGGCUCCCUGCUCGGCGGGGGGUCUGCUUCUCCCUCUGCCCUCUUCCCUCUAGUGCUCUCUCUCUCUCAUUCUCUCUCUCAAAUAAAUGAAUAAAAUCUUUAAAAAAAAAAAAGUAUUUUCUCACUUUUUUUCCUCAGUGAAUUCAGAUGGGACUUUUCGAGAGUGAUUGCGUUUUAGAAUGUGUUUUUAGAAAUGGAACUGCCUCUCGUGUGAGCUAAAGCAGCUCUGUGCCUAGUAAUUACUGUUUCUGCAUGUUCUAGAAUAGAAGCCCAACCUUACAACAAUUUCUGAGUGAGAUCCAACAGGAAAACAAUACAUUGAAAAGUCAAAUGCAAGGAAAGAAUUUUGGCAACCUCCAUGAGUAGGUGCAAAUUGGGCGGGGGGGUGGGGGGCGUCGGGAGGGGAGUGCCAUUAAUGCAGGUUCCAGAUCUUGGGAUUAUCUUCCUGCCUCCUCUACUCAGCCAAUCCCAUAGUUGGUUCGUUCUUAAUUUAAAUUUGUAGGACUCCUUGUCGUUCACCAAACAUGGUCCUGUACCGUUGAUCCCCCACAGUACCAACAUAGGCAGAUUGUCACUCUUGUUACAUAGAGGAGCAGAUUGAAGCUUGGAAAAUGGCUAAUUGCUUGGAGGAGUAGUGAGUGGUGAGGAGGAGGUUGGGGCCCAGAGUGUUAGCCUCCACAGACCCAGGUCCUAGAUUUUUCCCCCUUUUCUUGUUUCCCGUCCCACUCUCUGCCUACUUCAAGACUCUUCCAUCCAAACCUGUGCGGCUCCCCUCCCCCUUUGGCCCCCCUCCCCCUUCGCCACUUGUGUGCGCCUUUCAAACCGUUGGCACCUGCCUCCAGGGCAUCUUGCCAACCACUCCUUUGAGCACGUGGCUUCUCUGUUCAAACAACCACAGUGACUCCCUAUUAACAACGGGGUGUCUAGAUUUAUUAACCUAUCCAUAAUUGAGUUCUGACUCAUCUCUUCAAACAGUUCUUGCUCUUUCUUUUCCUGACUUUGCACAUUGGGUCUUCUCCCAUCCUCAUGGAAAAGUCCCCAAGUUCCUUUCUCCCACUCCUACAGCCAGCCUUUAGGAUCCCAUUGACCUCCCACUAUCUUUAGAGCCUCAGCUGACCAACAUCUCCCACUCAGCCUGACUCAACAUUUUUGCCUAGGGUUGUGAGAUGUGCAACCUGUUGGCAGUUCAUCACAUUGUACCUUUUGCGGUUGGCAAACCAUUAACGUUCACCCUUGCUCCAUAAACUUCUCAAAAUUCAGGUGAAUACCUUAUCUCCCCAGCAACACUGUUUAAGGUUGAAUUACUGCAUGAUGCUCAGUAAGUUCUUGGGAAGAUAUUUUAAUAAGUUCCACGGAUCAUCUUAGGGGCUACAUUAACUUUUGAGAGUAUCAGAGCAUUGAAGCAGAAUGAAAGACCGAUGAUACACAGCUCUUCCUCUUAGAUUCCCCUGUUCUGCCAUAUCCUAUAAAUGCCUAAAUUGUUCUGAGAACAUUUGCAAAGGCACAAUGUUUGAUGAUCAUUCUGUGAUUAGACAUGGGUAGUCCUUGCCAGUGGGAUGUUCCUGUCCUUUGCAUUUGAACCACAUGUUCUGCUCUCAUUGUGGUAAAGCUCAUCGAACAAUAAGACACAUUUAUGGAGAAAAUUCUCCAGAGCUCCUGUAUCAUAACAAUUUUUAAUAUUCUCUUCUCAUCCUUAUGCACCUAAGUAUAGAUUUAUAUGAUGACAGAUCAUUGUGUUUUAUUGCGCUGUCAAAAAUGUGCUUGAAGUCUUUUCAUUUACCAUAAUACUUUGUAAUAUUCUUUUAUUAUUAUAAUUUGCUAACCUGUUCCUGUUUGGGUGGAUAAUUAGGUAGCUUCCAGUUUUGCUUUUAGACAAUGCUACAGAGGACUUCUUUGUGCAUAUUUUCUUAGAACAAUUCCUAGUAGAAGACUCAUCAGUAAAAGCAAAGGAGAAUUCUUUCUUAACAUUUUUUGUCACAGACAGGGAAGAGUGCAUAAAGCACACAGUUUAUUGAACGAUUACAAAGCAAACACCUGUCUGAGGACUGUCAAAGUCAAGAGGGGUAAUUUCUGGCUCCCCAGAAACCUCCUCUGUGUCCAGGAAGGAACAUUUCUUGGCUUUUGCAUCAUAUUUAUCAUAUGGCUUUCCAAAGGGGUUAAAGGGAUUUAUAUUGUCACCUUGCUGGAUUAAAUGCAAUGUUUCACCACAACAUCAUCAGUUUUGAGUAUUUUUUUUUUAAAUUAACUAUAAGAGAUAUGUUUAUUAUUACAUAUUCAUCAACAUGCAUAUUCAUCAACAUGCAUAUCCGUUUCCUAGUGCUGCUUAUUUGAUACACAUUACUGCAAAGCCAUUAUAAAUUACCGAGGAGGUAUUUGGUUAAAAAAAUAAAUAAUAAAUUAUACCAUCCAAAUGAAUCAACUCUUGUUGUGGGACAAAGAAUUUAACAGUAUUUACCUGGUAAUUCCUAUGUUAACUGGAAAAUACAGAUGUAUUGCCAUAAUUUUCUUUUACAUUGAUGUAACCUACAUAGUUUGCAGAAUUGUAUAAAGUCUUUCAUUAUUGUAGCAAUUAGUUCAAUGGGAAGAUUGAGUGGUUAUUUUGAAUAUGUUUGCCAAUUUAGUAGGUAUAAAGAGGGCAUCUCAAG